CCGCUCCCGCCCUGCUCCGCGCCCGCCGCCGUUUGAACAGGGACAUGGCGGCCGGCGCGGGGCCGGCGGUGCUGCCCGAGGAAUGGCGGCUGUACCUCGUCUCCUCCCGAGUCGCCACCUUCCGCAACUGGCCCUUCACCGAGGGCUGCGCCUGCACGCCCGAGCGGAUGGCGGCAGCGGGUUUCGUGCACUGCCCCAGCGAGAACAGCCCCGACGUGGCGCAGUGCUUCUUCUGCCUCAAGGAGCUGGAGGGGUGGGAGCCCGACGACGAUCCCCUGGAGGAACACAAAAAGCACUCUGCGGGCUGUGGUUUUCUUUCCCUUCCGAAAGAGCCUGCUAACCUGACACUACAGGAGUUCCUGAAGCUGGACAAAAUGCGAAUAAUAAAGGCAAUUAAAAAAGAGAUUUCUCAGAAGAUGACCGAGGUUGAAGAUGCAGCCAAGAGCACACGUUCUAAAAUAAAGAAUCUGGCCUAGACUGCUGCAGCUUCACACUUGCUAGUGACAUCUUUCUUGUAAAUGUACUGUGGCACUGCCACUGUGACUGAAUGGCUGUGUUUCCCAAGGCUCCUUCCAGAUUGGCUGUCUUGAGAAGCAGGCUGAAUUCUGCUUCACUCACCUGAGUCUGUCUAGGAAGUACCUGUGGUUUGAUAUAUUGCAUACAUAAUCUUUCUCUGCACGGAUUCUCCUAAUCUUUCUGUUGGUUUUAUUAAGGAUUACUACUUGUAGGUUUACUUGUUCUCUUUUUUCUUUUUUUUUUUUUGAAACCCAGCUGUUUAGAGAUAUUGCUGUACUGUAGAGAUCCUGGUAGCUCUGGUGUUAAAACAUAUUUCUGGCAAGAAUUGACAGGCAUUUCCAUUUUUGUACUGGAUAUACCAAUGCUUUAGGAUAUUUUGGGACAUGAAAAGGGGAAGGAUUUUUAAAAAUCCUUCAGGGAUUUAGGAUUGUGGCUAAUAACAUUGCUGUUCUGCCUUCAACUUUUAUCUAUACAUAGAUCAACACGAGGCAGCAGCCAACUACAAGUAGAAGUUUACAAGGAUACCAGGCACGCUAAGCUUUGGUAUAAUUCAAAGUAGUUUUACUCGAUUUUCUGGAGGAAAGGAAUCUGACCUUCAAUGCAAUGGGCUGCACUGAAUGCAGUUUUAACAUCAAAAGGGAAAAUAAGAUCAUCAGCCUCAGUGCUGUUGCCUAAGUGUCAAACUUUUUUAAGCAGCAUUCAUUAGGCAUUAAAGACAUUUCAAAGACAUUCAAAUUUAUUUGUGCCUGGGAAGGUUUGGUUUGUCCCUUUCCUUGCACAAGUUUGGAAA